ACGGGAUAAACAGCAGGGACUUCCGCAGUAAACUUAAUAAAACGGUAAAUCGCGCCGGACACUGGACAGCGGGUUUGGGGGAAAUCUUCUGAAAUGGGUCCCGGUGUUUUUCUUAUUUUAGCGGCUUCGCUCUCUGUCGCAUCGACACAGUAUGUGCCACCGUUUACUGAAGACUGUCGGACGGACAUGUAUCCACCAAAAGGCCCCACGUUCAAAAGAGCAGUCAGCUGGUAUACAGUGGACCUGGACUUGCCACCCAGCAAGAGAUGGUCAGCUGUGAUUACUGACAAAAAAACUGAUCUGGUCAACAUGAUUGAAGCCAUCAAAGAGUUGGCUGAUGCUUUUGUGCCUAGCGGGAGGCUGAUAGAGAUGGUUGACAUUGCACUGCCUUUAAUGGUGGACACACUUCCAAGCCCAUUUAAUGAAGAAAUCAGAGGAUUUGCAGCUGUUUCAGGGGUUCCUCUUGGUGAAGUUGUCUUGUUUAACAUCUUCUAUGAGGUAUUCACCGUGUGCACAUCGAUUAUUGCAGAAGAUGGAAAGGGUAACCUCAUUCAUGGCAGAAAUUUAGACUUUGGUCUAUUUAUGGGCUGGGAUGUGAAGAACAAGUCGUGGAUCAUUAGCGAGAGGCUGAAGCCUCUGGUGGUCAACCUCGACUUCAAGAGAAACAACCAGACGGUCUUCAAGUCGACAAACUUCGCUGGUUAUGUUGGCAUGCUGACCGGCAUCAAGCCUUACAUCUUCACCCUGACUAUGAACGAGCGCUUCAGCCUCGAUGGAGGAUACAUUGGAAUCCUGGAGUGGAUCUUGGGACAAAGAGACGGGAUGUGGAUGAGCUUUCUCACUCGAUCUGUCCUAGAAAAUGCAACCAGCUACGAGGAAGCCAAAAGUCGCCUGGCUCAGACCAAGCUGCUCGCUCCAGCCUAUUUCAUCCUUGGAGGAAACAGUACAGGGCAGGGCUGCAUCAUCACCAGGUCCAGGCUGCUUAGUAUUGAUGUCCUGGAGAUUGACCUGAAACAGGGUCGCUGGUACGUUCUGGAGACGAAUUACGACCCCUGGAAGGACCCUUUUUUCCUGGAUGAUCGCAGGACUCCUGGCAUGAAGUGCAUGAACCAGACCACACAGGCUAACAUCUCAGUGAAGACUAUGUAUGAUGUGCUUUCAACCAAACCAGUGCUGUAUAAGUUGACCACAUACACAACACUGAUGCAAGUCUCUGAAGGCAAACUGGAGUCCUACAUCAGGGACUGCCCAAACCCGUGCAUGCCAUGGUGAUCCUCCCAGACACUGAAUCCUGAUCAGUUUGGAAAUGCUUGCUAGCACAGAAGCUAUGAAGUGAGAAAAGCGCCACUGAUCGCUGGAUAAAACUCAAAGCUUUAAGCUUUUUUUUGUUGUUGUUUGUUUGUUUGUUUAAAGACAGUUUAAUAAUGCUUUCAGCUCUGAGAAUUCCAAAUCCUUUUCUUAUAUAAGAGAAUCAUACCCCUUUUUUUCCUACUGUAAUUAUUUGUAUUUUAGGACAAGCCCAUUAGUGGAUCUCAGCAUGGGCUUAGGGAAUCCUGAGAGUGUGUGUGUGUGUGUGUGUGUGUGUGAGAGAGACAGAAUCAAAACUGUUCAUUUGUUCUCAAACCCAGCUCACACUUGCUAAAUGCACUGUUAACAGUUAAGUUAUAGGAACUGUUAGGAUCUGCAAUCACAUGACUGACAUGUUACACACUAACAGUUACAAAUGUGCAUCAAUACUGAACUACUUCCUUUUCAAUGUUUCAAUCAUUAAAAGAAUUCAAGAAUCAUGUUUUAAACUAUUGAUUAAAGUGACACUUCACCUCAAAAUUAAA